UGGUCAAAAAUCAAGGAGAAGAAGGGUGCAAAUGAUUCGCGCAAGGGCGCCUUGUAUAGCAAAGCCCACCGCGUGAGUGUGGUACCCCAAUCCUACACUAUGCCGUUCGUAACUCUUCAACAGGACAUUGUAAUAGCGGUGCGAACCGGUGGAAGUGUAGAUCCAGAACAAAAUACUACCCUUGCCGCGGUGAUGAAGCGUUGCAGGUCCCAGGGCGUGCCAAAUGACAAUAUAGAGAGCGCGCUCAAGAAGAUUGCUGGUGCAAAAGACCGAGGAGACCAGCAUCUGACAUAUGAGGUCAUGGCGCCAGGUUCCAUCGGUCUGAUUAUAGAAUGUUUGUCGGACAACAUCAACCGCACAAUGCACGCCGUUCGGAAUCUGGUAACCGGCCACGGCGCUCGAAUAGCACCGGUCAAAUUCUUGUUUUCACGAAAAGGCUCUGUGAAAGUAGCACUCGACAAACAAGACGGGUUCGAGACGAAACUUGACAGCCUCAUCGAGCAUAUGCUCGACUCCGGAGCUGAGGAUUUCAAAGAGACAGCGGCCAACGACACGGAAGUCGAGAUGGAAUUUUUGUGUCAGCCACAAGACCUCGCACAGGUAACUGCAGCAGCUUCGGGUUCUGGUCUGUGCCGAGAUUUGCUGGCCAGUGAACUUGUCUAUUCGCCAGUGGAAGAAGGCGAAGCUAUCGAUGAGGACACAACUCAAAAGCUAGCGGAGUUAGUUCAGGAACUUGAAGACCAUGACGAUGUUCUUCGGGUUUGGACGACACAUAGUAUAUAA